AUGGCGCGGCUGCCUUUCAGCAGUCUCCAGGCAGCCAAUCAGGAAGCCCCACAUUGUAUUCCUGGAGCAACUUUUUCUGCACUUUACAAAAAGUUCCAGUUUUCUUGGUUUUUAAGAAUGAUCAACGACACUGCUGCGUUUGGAGAACUGGACACAAAUGUUUCUGAACCGCUUCAGUCUUAUCUUCUCAGCCAUAACCAAACAACCUUGCCUACGCUCCGACUCGAGUCCAAGUCUCUGGUCACUUCAGCCACGAUGUUUGCCGUUGGAGUUCUGGGGAACCUCAUCGCCAUCGUAGUGCUGUGUGUCUCCAAGAAGGAGCAAAAGGAAACCACCUUCUAUACACUGGUGUGCGGGAUGGCCAUCACUGAUCUGCUGGGGACGUGCUUCACCAGUCCAGUGGUCAUCGCCACGUAUGUGGCCAGCCGGUGGCCUGGAGGAGUGUUGCUUUGCCACUUCUUCUCCUUCUCCAUGCUUUUCUUUGGUUCUGCGGGCAUGUCCAUCCUCUGCGCAAUGGCAGUGGAGCGAUACCUGGCCAUUAACCAUGCGUAUUUCUACUCCAUGCACAUAGACCGAACCAUGGCGCGCUUUGCGCUCCUGGUAACCUACUUGGCCAACAUCGUGCUGUGCAUCAUGCCCAGCUUUGGCUUCGGUCAGCACGUCAGGCACUUCCCCGGCACUUGGUGCUUUCUGGAUUGGAGGUCGGUGGAUCCAGCUGGAGCAUGUUACUCCUUCCUGUACGGCGGCGUCAUGUUGCUGCUGAUCGCCGUGACUGUUUUUUGCAACCUGGCGGUGUGCAGGUCUCUUGUCGGGAUGAACCAGAGGACGGGGAUCGUACGGACGGAGCUGAGUGAGCACAGCGGCUCGCGUCGUUGCUUCCCUCGGCUGUCGUCGGUCACCUCUGCCGCCGAGAUCCAGAUGUUCUGGUUACUGGUGUUUAUGACCAUCGUGUUCCUGGUCUGUUCUAUUCCGUUAGUGGUGCGAAUCUUUGUUAACCAGCUCUAUGACCCCUCCUACAUCUCUGCUGGAGGAAGACCUGACUACAGGAGCGACCUGUUGGCGAUCCGCUUCGCCUCUUUCAACCCCAUCCUGGACCCCUGGGUCUACAUUUUAUGCAGAAAGAACCUGCUGCUGAAAGGCUGCGGCAGGCUCAAGAGUGCAAUCACCCGGGCAAAGGACGGCCGUGGAGAUGAAAAGAGUUGGGUAGGGGGUCGAAACACCCCUCCAUCACUACACAGCAACUACACCAGUUACGCGUCAUUGCGCACGGCCAGCUUCAGAAACGACACAGGACACCCGCUGUCCACCAAGAAUACCUCUUUCACAGACUUCGCGAUCCGACAAGCGUGGGAGUACGAUACGGCGCAGGUCAACAUCCACCCGUUCAGUGUGGAAUCCGCCGCGACCAGUGGCAGUGGGGAGGAAGCAGCGCCUCACCCUGGACUAGACGACAAGGAGCAGGCGUCUCUGGGACGCGGCGGUGUGGUGAACGUCCACAGAGUGGACAUCGUUACCUGCACGUUCAGCACCCCGAGCUCCAGUCAGUCUGCUAAAUGCUUCUGA